AUGGAGGUCAACACCACAGCCAUUCCCAAAAUCAUAUCUUGUGAUGACAUCCCGUCCUCGCCUUCUUCGCCAUCAUCUCCAACUUCAAAUUCAGCCUCAAAAAUCCCAAAUCCGCUAGCAGAUGAGCUAUUAACCCGCUGUCUAAAAGUCUCGGAUGAGAUAACACUUCUGGAAAAGAAGUUGCUCCAAAGACUUCCGCCAAAGCAACGUUCGAAGAAGGGUAAUCUACCCAUCGAACUUCGUCAUUUUAAAAAUGCCAUCCUGGUUGAGCAGAGACUUUUGGAGAAUCUAUCAUAUUCUCCUCCAACCCCAAAAACCCAGCAUUCCCUUCGCUCUUCCAACCUAAAAUUCCUAGAAUCAGUCUGGUCCAUCGCAAAGACGUGUAGCGGGCUACAAGUAAUCUUCCGGACUGUCCAGCUUUUCGACCAUCCAACUGAUAAUGCUGCAAAACUCCGUGGUAAAGAAAAGAAGGAAUUGAAAAGGAAGAAAACUCCAGUGCAGGUUGAUAUUAUUGCACAAAACGGAUUGGAAUGGAUCAAAGUCGCAGGUCUGUCGGAGAAAAGAUUGGAGACAGAAUUUGCGAAGGCGAGGUGGGAGGCCGAAGGUUUUAAAGAUGAAGACGACGACGAAGAUGGGCAAUCUGAAAAUGGUGAUAAGCUCGAUCACGAAGAGAAUGGAGGAAAAGAUAUUAACCAAACCAUCCUCGAGUUCCAACACGAUUCAGACGCCUUCUCACUCGUCAAAUCCGCCAGAUCAAUGGUUCUUGCGGCUCAGCAGACAAGAGUCCAAUACCUCCAUCCAGAAAUCACCAUCGUCCUCCCAAACAUCCAUUACGAUCCUCAGAACCCUCAACUGGGAUCAGCCAUCCACACCCUAAUAACUGCAAUCCUCUCAACGGGCGCUAGGGUUCAGACUUCAAAUAGUAAUAUUAUCAGCCCUACACCUCCUCCAGGAGACGAAUCAACUUUGACAGAUAACUACGGAAACACAAUAACAAACCGCUCUCAAUCUCUCCAUCCGAACCACCCACCACUUGCCUCUUCUUCUUCAUCCACACAAACAUCACCAGAGUCCGUCGCAGAGGCGGCAUUAACAAGUCUCUCCAUAACCUCCGAUCCGAUAACCCUCAUCACACCCAAGAUCCUUCUGGAUUGUACAAUCCUACUAGCAUUAGUUUCAGAUCUCUCUCAUGAGUCGGUAGCUGAACAACCAAUCUUUCACCGUCAUAUCCUCCAACAAGUUCGUGCGGAAAACGAAGAACCGUUGUUGCCGCAUUGGAUUUUUCCUAGUAUCGAGGGGAGGGAGAUGGUUUGUACUUUUGAUGCUUAUAAACGGUUUAAAGAGAUCGUAGACAUUGUGGGGAGCGAGAAUGAGAAAGUGAGGGCCAAUGCAUUGGUUUGGGGUGGUACUGGGAGGGAUUGGAGACAUCCUUUGCCUUCGAAGUCGCCUUCGAAGUCGGGUCCUAAUAUCACCAACGGUGGUAAUAAGGAUACAGGUAUCACUUUCACUGAGGAAGGUGAACCUGUCCUCCCCGACGGCCGCACCCGUACCUCCCUCAUUUCGACUCUUCAAUCUCUCUCCAGACACCAAGUUCCAAGAACUCUAAACCUUCCGAUCACAGUAGUCGAUUCCCUGGAAUCUCAAAUCAUGUCUCAUAACCCCGUUGCCGCAAAGAUUGGGCCGGAGUUGUCGGUUGUGAACAGGAGUUCGUUGUUUACGGCUUGGGAGAUGGGGAUUACUAUUGUGACUACCAAUGGUAGUGUGGUGAAGAGAUUGGAAUGGCUCGUGGAGGAGAAUAGAAUCAGAGACGAUGAUGCGGGGCCAAAGGUACAUUUGUUGGCUAUUGCUAGGAGUCUGGUUGGAAAGAUGAAGAAGGGGACGGAUAUUUUGGUGGAGGGGUGA